CUGACAUUGUCCCUCCUCUUCCUCCCGGGCCCUGUCUUGGGCCGCCGCCGCCCGCCUUUCUCAGGCACCACCCUGCACUGAUGAGCACGUCCUAGGCAGAUGCUACCCACGGAGGUAACUUCCCAGGAACUUUUAAAGAGGGACCUUGUCGUGUCCUUUAGCCCCAUCCUCAUGUUUGGCAUGGUAUUUACAGCGCCUCUCAUCGCAAAAUAAGUUGAGAAUACAAACAUGAAGAAGUUAAAACUUAAGGAGCUAGAAAGCCGUCUUCAGCAAGUCGAUGAUUUUGAGAAUCCAAAAUUACUUCUUGAACAGUAUCCAACAAGACCACACAUUGCAGCAUGUAUGCUUUAUACAAUUCACAACACUUUUGAUGAUAUUGAAAACAAGGUGGUUGCAGAUCUAGGAUGUGGUUGUGGUGUACUCAGCAUCGGAAGUGUAAUGUUAGGAGCAGGGUUGUGUGUGGGGUUUGACAUAGAUGCAGAUGCCCUGGAAAUAUUUAGUAGAAAUGCAGAAGAGUUUGACCUCACAACUAUUGACAUGAUUCAGUGCGAUGUAUGUUCUUUAGCUGCCAGAUCAAAAACUUUUGACACAGUAAUUAUGAAUCCUCCUUUUGGGACCAAGCAUAAUAAAGGAAUGGAUAUGACUUUUCUGAAGGUAGCUUUGCAAAUGGCACAAACAGCUGUAUAUUCCCUACACAAAACUUCAACACGAAAACAUAUUCAAAAGAAAGCAGAUGAAUGGAAAGUGAAGAUGGAAGUUAUAGCAGAACUUAGAUAUGACUUACCAGCAUCAUACAAGUUUCAUAAGAAGUCGUCUGUGGAUAUUGAAGUGGAUUUAAUAAGGUUCUCCUCUGAAAAACUUCCAAACUGAGGAUUGGCUUAAAACCUAUUUAAAAUGGAUUAAUAAAAACUCAAUGCUUUUUUAAACACUA